GAGAAAUAUACACGCCUAAAAGAGAAUCACAGAUACAGAUACGGGUUUUAUAAUGUAAAUAAGACAUCACGAAACUCCUACAGGGCAGAGUCAUUAGAUUCCUGAUCUGACACGGUAUGCACACAAGUUAAUUAAGAUUGUUUAAUGUAUUUAUCAGUUUUUAUUGGAUCUGAGAGUCGUCUUUGAAUGGUUGUGCAACUACUCCCUAUUCGGUUCCUACUAUCACAAUCUAUUUAUCGAAAAAGAGGAAUUCUUUCACGGUAGGCAUUCAAACGUUUGCCUUAUUCCCUGACAACAAGUAAAGCGACGGGGAAAAGCAUAAACAGGCUGACAUGCUGUGUUGCUGUCUCUAGGAGACUGGAGGGCUCGGUGUGCGAUGCGUCUGACAGGUCAUGUUAGCCACACUUGACAAGAGGAAAGACAUUUGCGCGCGCUGUCUCCUGGGAAAGGCCCACGCACUUCCGUCGUGAGCUUCAGCGGAUCUCUUAUUGGUUAACGGGGGACUUAGACGUGGAAGCCUGUGAAUGAUGUAAUAUCCGGUGCAUAUCAGACAUCUGCUGAAGUGAGAGGACGGGUGAAGAAUUUGAUGAUAUAUGAUUAUUUUCAUUUUGAAAACCAUAUGUUAUGGUUUUCAAAAUGAGUAUAUCUUGAGCAAGAUAGGCGUUUUAUAGGUAUUUGCUUGUCGUCAUUUUGAAUUUAGCCAAAAAUGUCCUUUUUUAUUGCUUGUCACUUCCAUAAACGAAUCAAUAGAAUCAAUAAAAAAGUAUGUAGGUUCUUGAUCUCUAGGUUCUUAUACGCGUACACGUGUGUUUACAGUGUACAGAUUAUCAGAUGACGCACCCUCUUAAACCAAACACAGGGAGCCCGUUAAGGCCCUGUCACACGUAGACUUUUCGACUGCAACUUGUUUCGCUAAAAAAAUUGACGUAGCACGCGCCCUGUCACACGUGAAGUUUUUCCUGCGACUUGGAGCAAUUUGUUGCAGAAAGUAGAAGAGCGUUCUACUUUUCGUGCGACUUGGAGAAAGAACAAGUUGCAAGAGGAGUGUCACACGCAAAAAUAGUGCGCGUGCGACUUGCAAUUAUUUUUCGCAAGAGGAAAGCGUACGUGAGGGUUCCCAAAUAGAACCCCGGGACUGGGCUAGGUUGACAUAUAACAAGCACAUAUACAAAGGCUUUUUGGAUUUCAUUCAAAUUCAUUUUUUUUUUCAUAACGACAAUUUCCGUUUUAGAGUCCGUAAGCUUCUGAAAAAAAAAAUGCAUUUUUCUAUGUAAUAUCCUCAGAAUGAUACCUAAUGAUAAUUUAAUAUUUUCUUUGCGAAAUUCUACACAUGCUUGUGCCCAGUCCCUAUAAUUUGAAAGAGGCGUAAACAUUGGUCACUUCACAAAGAACCUACCCAGGAUCCUUUGUGAGCCUGCAUCGUCAAUCAACUCGCACUGAGUUUUCCCGGUUUUUUCCUCUUUAUUUUCCCCUCAUUUAAAGACUGGAAACGAAACUGAGCCAUCGUUAAGACCUGCCAAAAUAAACAACACUGUGCAAAAAAUAACCCAAUUCUUAUCCUCAGCACCCAGACUUUCCUUUUCUUAUCACUGAAAUAGCCUAUCUCGUAACUGAUAAACGCCGACAUUUUUUUUUUGUCCUUGCAGCGCGGGCGGCUACGAUAAUUGUAGGUAGUAGUAUGCUUAUUUGUACUAGCGAAAAUUUACAUCGUUGAUAACAUCGGGAAAAAAACAAUUACGAAUUUUGCGGUCAAGGGGGACUGCUUUAAACUAUUCAUGAUUAUUCCUCCAAAUUAGAUUGAGGUAAUCGAAGAGCAGAUCGCGCUAGUGGCACCGCGCCACAUCUCAGGAAAGCCGACUGUUUUCGGGAUUAUUGCGCUAGAGAAUCAUGAAAAAUCUCCUUCUCAAGACGGUUAUCAGACUGAUAUUCGCCAAAUUUGCUACCGGCUUUCAGUGUCACGACACAACAAACAGUGGCAUAUACGUGUGUGAUGUUGGGUCACGCGGUGCUUGUGUGACGGUUGAGCUCGCCGCCACCAAUAUAUCUAGUGGUGCGCAAAGGACUGUCACACAACGUCUUUGUAUAGCGGACCAUUCAUGCAACGUCACGCGAAUUUGUGACGGCAUCUCCUUUUCGAUGCAACAGUGGAACAUAUCACGGUGUCACGCAAAAUGCUGCAACACAAGCCUAUGUAACGCACCGCAACCCACCAGUACGGUCAGUAGUACCACAACUGAAGUUGAGCAAAGAAGUCAACCGGAGGUUGCUGGGACCCAUGUGGUAACGGCUCCACGCCCCCUCUGUUACAAGUGCCCGCCUGGGACUAGCGCCGAAACAUGCACACAGCUGCCUAGCACUGUGCAAUGCGAAUCUAGUGAAAGCGUUUGUUUUAGUGUGAUCGGUAAAGAUAGAAUCGGGGAGAUCGGCUACCGAGGGUGCACAGACACGGAACAUUGCGACGCCUCAAAACUUUGCAACCAGGCCAGCAGGGAUUUGUUCUUGAAGACUGGGGAGGGGCUACAAGACUGCAACGGCUACUGCUGCACGGGAGAGAUGUGUAAUCGUUUUAAUCCGACGCGGCCCUACAAUCGCGAGCAGGAGACUGGGUCAACAGAGAGGGAUAUCAAGGUGGUGCGCCGUGAGACGCCAGCGAGUAGCAACCCACCAAUCAACUGCUACCGGUGCGUGCCUGAUAACCUGGGAAGCCUGUGCAAGAGGGAGGCUAGGGCGAGCAGGUGUCCGCUCGACAGAAGUAGGACGGGGUAUGACGGGUGCUUCAGUAUGACAGGGGUCAUAACUAAUUCGUCGACAGGCAUGGUUAAAGAUGAAGGAAUCUGGAAGGACUGCUCCGUCGUGUCAGCAGACUGCAACGAAAACGGAACUAGAUGUGACAGGCUGACCAGCGUUCUCAAGGACAGAGGACUCACUCUUAAGAACUGCUACGUGAACUGUUGCCAAGGUGACCUCUGCAAUAAUUUCGUACCCUCCCCGACACCGGAAGUCAUGAUGGCCCGUUCAGGGACCCGCCAAUGCACUGUGGGAUGCACCAGAGUGCUGCUUCCGGUUUUGUUAGUUGUCAUGGUAACGAGCGGGUACAAGUAAAAGGGGUAAAGAAAAUAACUCAAAUCUAGGAUGUCAGUGUAACGCGUGAGCAUGUCACAACAGACAAGAGACGGCCGGUGAUGGAUACGGGCAUGAGAGAGGAGAGCUUGCC